GAGAGAUUUCAAUAGACUCUGGCGAAAACGGAUGUAACGCGGAAGAGGGACAUUCGCGAGCAGACGGCGUUUUCAGAAGGAGAGAGAUAGAGGAGAGAGAGAUUUUUUGUCUGUAAAAAUUAAUUGAUAUCUGUUAUUGCUAAUCAGAGUGCUGAGUGGGCAGUAUGAAUAUAACGACUCUGAACGACCAGGAGUUGCACCAGAGGGCCAACUGCACGCGGUUUAAGAAGUGCGUGAAUAUUACCCUGGAUUCGUCCAUGCUGACCAGCAGGUUGACCAUCAACACCCAGGACGGACAGUUCACAAGACCGAGACUCUCCUCCCUCGGAGAGAGCCCUCCGUCCACUCCCUGCACCCCGUGCACCCCAUGCACCCCGCUGACGUCAGCUAGCUCCGUGGGCAGCGAGGGCCACUACUUCACCUUCUCGCCUCUGACCUUCCAAGAGGACGACAGCCUCGACGACGACCAUUCCGGGAGUUGUUCGUGCAAGACGCCGUCACAGACGUCGUCACCAACGCAGACGUCAUCGUCACCACCACAGACGUUAUCGGCACCACCGACGUCAUCGUCACCACCGACGACGCCGAAGGGUUCCUCGAAGAAGGCGAAGUCCAAGGUGACGAAAGUGGAGAUGAAACGCAGACGGCUGGCCGCUAACGCCAGGGAGCGCAGACGGAUGGACGGACUUAAUGUGGCCUUCGACAAACUGCGAGCAGUGUUACCGGCCACGGUGGAGGACACGCAGUGGUCCAAGUACGACACCCUCCAGAUGGCACAGACCUACAUACAGGCGCUGAAUGAGAUCCUGUCCAAGCGGUAACUUAUACAAGUUUCAAAGCUCAAGAUCUUUCAAAAACUGUUUGGGAAACAAAAGAAGCAUCCAGUGGCAUAGGUUAAGUUAAUCUGGAACAUUGUUUAAAUAUUGGAUAAACUAUACUAAAACAGAGAGCAUCUAUUGGUAUAGGUGACACACUUCAAACAUCGUUGAAAUCUUUGUUUUGACAUUACCAUAGUUUGACACCCAAUAGCCGAUGUAUUUUUCGUGCUGGGGUGUCGUUAAACAUUCAUUCAUUCAUUCAUUCAUUCAUUCGUUUAAAUCUUGGAUAAAUCGUGAACAUUGUACAAAAGAAGAAGCCUUCUGCGGUACAGGUUAUAUUCUUUAACCAUAAUUUAGGCCUGGGAUAAACCACAGAAAACAUUUAAAUAUUUUGUGGAGGAUUCACACUUCAAACAUUGUUCAAAUCUUUAUUUUUGAAAACAAAAAUGGUAUGUUAACCGUGACGACUUGAAUAGACGUUUUCUACGGACGUUGAAUGACAUCUUUGCAAAGCUUGUGUUAAAAAGUGUUAACUUAAUUAAUUUAUUCUAUGGAAAUCCCUCUGACUAUUUAAAAUCUUGGAUUUCAUUUUAUGACUCUGGGAUCAGUUUACCAAUGUUAACUUUGAGGAAGUCUUCCAGGAAAUGUAUGCCUUACAAGAAGCCUUCGGGAUCGAUUACACAUAAUAUUAUUACCUGUUUAAGCUUUGGAUAAUCUUUGUUUGUGUACAUAUUCCAAUUCUUUAGACACCUAUUACCAAGCGAUUCAGCUGAAGCGGUUCCCAGUCCUUACGAAUGCAGUUUCUUUUUAUAAUCGACAAAGGAUAAGACUUAACAAGUUCGAGACGUUAAGCGACAUAUCGUUUUCCUGAGAACAUCAAACGUUUGACGACAUGUCUCAAAUGACACGCAGCAUUCGCAGCCGUGAUAAAGACGUUUCAAAAAGCACAAUACUUUGUGAAUGGAUCCUUUUAUCAGCCACGUCUAGACUCAAGACCUAUGGUCCACGAAAUAAUUAAGAACACUGAGAAGGAUGGCAGUUAUAUAUAAUCUCGCGUUAACAAACCCAUAAAUCAGAUGUUUUCUACUGUCAUAACUCUCAGUUCUUUGAUUCCUGGACCAUCCGAUUAUUUUCGUGAAACUGUUCCGCGUUGUCUUUUUAACUGCAGGUGACAGAAAAAAAAGAAACCAAGCAAAAUGAGUAACAGCAGUAGAGGCAACAACAACGGUAGCAAUAACAACAGCCGCAGCCGUGUACAAUACAAGCGAAUUGUAAUGGCUAGAAUUGUAAAAAAAAAAAAAACCAUGAGAAGAGAUUUUAGCAAUAGCUCUAUAAUCGGGCUUGAUUUAAACAUAACUGAACAGUGAGGCACAUUCACGAGUCUUCCGUCGACUGGUAUCAAGUCAUCUGUUCUAAUGGAUGCGCCAGUACAACAAAGCUGUGCGUGGUUAAGCUGCAACGGGAAUCGGUUACUGCGCUGGUACAGCCAGGUGCAUUAAAGAGCAUAUAUUCCAAUUGGACCGUGACUUUUGACGAUCGAUGAAUUUGAAUAUACCUGUACAUAUCAUGUUCGCUAUAUAUUGUGUUUGUUAAUAUGGGCAUAAAAUGUCUCUGUGGUUGCCAAAACUACAUAUUGUUGUCACAUACUAACUAAAGAAAGUAGGUAUAACAUUUUAAUUCUUUUAUAAAAAAGAGUGUUGGUGAUGUUUACACCCCUUUAUGUUGGUAUGGUUACAGUUUUAAUUUAAUGUUAUUAUUAUCUUGGAAACUAUAAUAUUGUUUAUUAAUUGUGGAUAAACUAUACUGUUUAUUAAUACAUGUAUUGGAUAUUUUAUCUAUUGCAUCAUAACAGGGAGAUAAUAAUGUGUUUUACGACACCCCAGCACAUUUUAUUCAACAGCGUUUUGGGGACCAUCAUAUUAUAAUAAUUGCAUAAUUUUGGACACUUGAUACAUACCGUUAGAUAAGAAACCCGCUUCUGAAGCAUAACUUACUCUUACUGGCUAACAGCAAGUGGUGUUUUGUAUGCACUUUUCUCAUAUUCAUGAUAGCACAAGCUGAAGCAUUUUGUUAUACUAGAGGCGGAUCCAGGAUCUUGUAAAGGGGGGUGUAUCACAAAAUUCUAAG